GACACUCCUAUUGGCCAGUCCACCCGCGUGGGUGGCGCUAACCGCUGGGAUGUAAGGACAGGACCCUGGAGCUUCCAAGGACACGCGAAGAGGACCUGGACCUGCUGGAGCCUGAAAGGUUUCUUCUGUAGGAUCACCAUGCAAAAAAAUCACUGCUCCCUGGUGGUGGAACCAUCAUGCUCAGACUUGGUCAUCGAUGUGGGUGAAGUGACUCUUGGAGAACGAAAUAGGAAUGAGCUGCAGAAAACACAGAGAGAACAAGAGAAGGCAAGAGUUGUACAGGCUGCGUGUGCUCUAUUAAACUCAGGAGGAGGAGUGAUUCGGAUGGAAAUGAAAAACAAAGAUGAGCAUCCUGUGGAGAUGGGACAAGAUUUAGAACGGUCUUUAAGAGAGCUUAUUCAGUCUUCAAAUUUUCAGGCUUUCUUUGAGUCCAACCAACAAGGGAGGAGUUUCUACAUUUUUGUUAAGUGUUGGAGCAGCGACUCUUUCCUUGAAGACAGUUCUGUCAAGUCCUGCAUUUGCAGUCUGAGUUCUUCCCUAUACUGUAGAUCUGGCACCUGUGUGCUUGCCAUGGAUUCAAAAAAGGCAUUCGGCUUCCUGAAGACCAAGAAAAAGAAUGCAGAAUCCAGUCUGAACAAUGAAGAAUAUCCACCUAGUAAAAUUCCCAGAAUUGAUCACCAGAAUACCUCUGAAUCAAAUCCCGCUUACAAAGUUUUCCAAAUGAACAGGCUUACAUAUGGUGAAAUUUUGCCAUUUCCCGAGUCUCAAUACAUAGAGUUUAAACAGUUUAGUACAAAAAACAUCACAAAAUAUAUAAAAAAUUUAAUUCCACAGUACGUCUCAGCAUUUUCAAACACCGAAGGAGGCUAUCUUUUUAUUGGAGUGGAUGAUGAGAAUAAGAAAGUCCUGGGAUGUGCAAAAGAAAACGUUGACCUUAAGACUCUGGAAAGUAUAAUAGCAGGAGCAAUUUCCAAGUUGCCCCUUGUCCACUUCUGCUCUUCCCAGCCAAGGGUGGAGUACAGCACCAAAAUGAUAGAUGUGUUUAAGGGAGAAGAGUUGUAUGGUUAUCUCUGUGUGAUUAAAGUGGAGCCAUUCUGCUGUGCGGUGUUCUCAGAAGAUCCCAAAUCGUGGAUAGUGAAUGACAAGAAAAUCUGCAGCCUGACAGCCAAGGAAUGGGUCAACAUGAUGACAGAUACAGACCCAGAGUUAAUUUCAGAGUUGGCCGAGGCUUUUGAAUCUCAGCUGAGUCUGUCCCACGGACCUCCACUUUGCAGACCAGUGUAUUCUAAGAAAGGUCUAGAACAUAAAGCAGAUCUCCAACAACGUUUGUUUCCAGUGCCAUCAGAUCAUUUGAGAUACACUCCCGAAUCUCUCUGGAAGGAGCUGGUCUCAGAGCAUGAAGGACUGGAGGAGUUAAUACACGGGCAAAUGCGUCCUUUCUCCCAGGGAAUUUUGAUCUUCUCCAGAAGCUGGGCUGUGGAUCUGAACUUGGAAGAGAAGCGAGAAGUCAUUUGUGAUGCUCUGCUGAUAGCACAGAACAGCCCCCCCAUUCUCUACAUCAUUCUCAGGGAGCAGGAGGCAGGGGGGCAGGGCUACUGCACCUUCACAGCCUUUACUUUGAAGCAGAAGCUGGUGAACAUGGGGGGCUACACUGGGAAGCUGUACAUCAUGGCCAAGGUCCUCCACCUGAGUGCUGAGAGCAACACAGAGAGCUUGGGGGGUGUAGUCUGUCCGAUAGGUUACCCCAGGUCCUAUUCCCUUGUGGAUACCCAGCAAGAGGAAGCCUUGCUGCAGGCCCUGGUGAUCGUCCUCCUCAGCUUCAGGUCCCUCCUGAGUGACCAGCUUGGCUGUGAGGUUUUAAAUCUGCUCACAGCCCAACAGUAUGAGCUAUUUUCCAAAAACCUGCGCAAGAACAGAGAAUUGUUUGUCUAUGGCUUCCCUGGCUCAGGGAAGACAAUCAUGGCCAUGAAGAUCAUGGAGAAGAUCAGGAAUGUGUUUCACUGUGAGGCAGAUAAAAUUCUCUAUGUUUGUGAGAACUAGCCUCUGAAGAACUUUAUCAGUGAAAAAAAAAUCUGCAAGGCAGUGACCCGGAAAACUUUCAUGAAAAAUGACUUUAAACAUAUUCAACACAUUGUCAUUGAUGAAGCUCAGCAUUUCCGCAAAGAAGAUGGGGACUGGUAUGAGAAGGCAAAAGCCAUCACUCAGAGGACAAAUGUUUGCCCAGGAAUUCUCUGGAUCUUUCUGGACUACUUCCAGACCAGCCACUUGGAUGUUAGUGGCCUCCCCCCUCUCUCAAAGCAGAAUUCAAAAGAACAGCUCACCAGAGUGGUCCGUAAUGCAGACCCAAUAGCCAACUUCCUAUAAGAAGAAAUGCAAGCAAUUAGAAAUAGCCCUCCAGAUAACAUCCCUUCUGAGGGCCUGAACAUGCUUCCUGAAGCUGAAUGGGCUCAGGGUAUUCAGGGAUACUUAAAAAUUGAGUAUGACUUAACUCGUGAGGAAAUAGUGACCUACGUGGCAGACACCUGCAAGGCCCUCUUUGAAAAAGGCUAUUCUGAGAAAGACAUUGCUGUGCUUGUAAGCACCGCCAGAGAAGUGGAGCGUUACAAGCACAAGCUGCUAAGAGCCAUGAGGAAGAAAAGGAUUUUGCAGCUCAGUGAUGCAUGUGACAUAUCUGGUGAUCACAUUGUGUUGGACAGUGUCCGGAGAUUCUCAGGCCUGGAAAGGAACAUAGUAUUUGGUAUCCAUCCGAGUACACCUGAGACAGCUAUCGCACACUGUAUUCUGGCCUGUCUGGCUUCAAGGGCAAAGCAACAUCUGUAUAUUCUGUGGCUUGCUGACCGAUAGGAAGAAUUCCAAACGAAAAUGAGAGGCAAUGUCUGUGGGUGAAAGGCUGCUUGGUGUUGGCAGAAACUGCUUUUUAGUUCACAAGCCUGCUUGAGAUUUGGACGAUGAACUUGAAACUCCUCCUCCUCCCUUGCUUUUUUUUCAAGGAUUCCUCUCUCGGCUCUUUCCAGCAGCUGUGGUUGCCCCAUAUUUUGUCUCCUGAAUCUUCCAGUCAGAAGGAUGGUGGUUUUCUAUAAAAGCUUUUGCCACCAUGUACAAUGCACGUCUGGGCCCUGCACAUCUGUACCUAAUGGGAAGAGGCCAAGGAGGCUGCUAAACAUCACACAUUGUACAGGAUAGCCCCCACAACAAAGAAUUUUCCAGCUCCAAAUCUUUUUUUCUUUUCUUUUCUUUUUUUUUUUUGAGACAGAGUCUCAAGCUGUCGCCCUGGGUAGAGUGUGGUGGCAUCACAGCUCACAGCAACCUCAAACUCUAGGGCUUAAGUGAUUCUCUUGCCUCAGUUUCAGCUGGGACUACAGGCACCUGCCACACCGCCUGUCUAUUUUUUUUGGUUGCCGUUGUCAUUGUUGUUUGGCGGGCCUAGGCUGGAUUCGAACCCGCCAGCUCUGAUAUAUUUGGCUGGCACCCUAGUUGCUGAGCUACAGGCGCUGAGCCACCAGCCCCAAAUCUCAAUAAUGCCUAGGUAGACAAGCCCUAAACUACAGGAAGAAUAAGAGUAGCUCUACCCUCCUUAAAUAAGUAUGUUCAGGUCCGAAGAGCAGAACUGGUGAGAGUUUUAAUCUGAUCAAAAUGAGGGAGUGUUUUGCUUACAAUAAUUAAGGCCCAAUGGACUGAGUUUUCCUAUACUGUUAGUGAACUGGUAAAUGGAAUGAAGAUUCCUGGAAGAUUCAGGGUUCCUCAUAGAGACCUGACCCUUUUGAUGUUGAGGUAAUAGAGUUGAAAAGAUUAAGCCAAAAUCUCUAAUUUUUAAAUAUACGAAUUCUUCAAAAACACUCUUGGAGGAGAUAAUCUAAACUCAGUGGUAAUCCCAUAGACAUGAGUCUGUGAAACUUGUAUACAUAUCUCAAAUGCAUUAAAGAAUUUCAUCUUCAAAACUCUGAAUCUUAUGUCUUUCUACUUGAAAAACACUAUAAAUAAGAAAUAAAAUCUUGGAUUAAAUGUAAAUGUUACAGUGAGAUAGAAUAAAAUAAAAUGAAA